CCCAUCGGUGUACAGAGUUCACUGGAGCCGCUAGUUGGACUGUGGUGCUACUCGACAAAGGACCACUUUCACAAGUUGGCUGGGGCUUCUUCCAUCUGGUCAUGGAGCUGGUGAUCCGCCGGUACCGUCCCUCAGACAAGGACCCCGUGCUCUCCCUCUACUGCAUCGGCAUCCGGGAGCACAUCCGCCCGUGUUUUCGCAACGCCAUGACCAGCCCUCUCUACCUCACCGUCACCCUGGCUCUUUGUGUCACCGGCCACCUGCUGGGCUCCGUGUUGGGGGCCGUGGUGCUACCAGGAGCCUGGGUGGGCCUUGUGUACUACUGCUGUCACGAGCUAUUCGACAGCUUUGUCAGGGAGAAAAUCCGGACGGACAUGCAGGACAUCCCCGGGAACUAUCUGAGCAGACCGGACGACUGUUUCUGGGUGGCGGAGGCCGAGGUUGACGGGACGACCCGGAUCUUGGGUAUGGUGGCUUUGGUGACCGAACAAAGUGGGAAAGAGAGGUACGGAGAACUGUUAAGAAUGAUCAUCUCGCCAUCGUGCCGUCGGAUGGGCCUGGGCCUCCGGAUGGCUCAGACUGUGAUUGACUUCUGUAAGGAGCGAGGCCUCUCCAAGGUGGUGCUGCAUACCAGCUCCACACAGACCGCUGCUGUGUCCCUGUACGAGAAGCUGGGGUUCAGCCACAGCGUCUCACACACCAACACACAUACUUCUGAUUGGGUCGUGACGCUGACAAUGGUGUCGAUUUUGAUGAUGGAAAAACAGCUGUAG